AUGCUGUGCAAGCGGGUCCUAUCGCGCCCCAGGAUCACCGUAUCCUGGGCUUCGGUUGCUGCACAGACACGGUUGCAGAGCACCACUCCCAUCUCUGCCACACGAACCGUCCCCGCGCCCGCCGAGAGAUCUCCGUCUCACCCGCACCAUGCAUCUUCCUCCCCCCGAGUCACGGCGCUUGAGUCCGCGAAACCGUUCUCCGAAUUCCUGACCGACUCGUUCCAUCGCCAACAUGAUUACCUGCGGAUUAGCGUUACCGAGCGGUGCAAUUUACGGUGUCUGUACUGUAUGCCAGAGGAAGGGAUCGAGCUGUCGCCACCCGCGCGGCUACUCACAUCCCCGGAGAUCGUCUACCUGUCAUCGCUCUUUGUCUCGCAGGGUGUGACAAAGAUCCGCCUAACGGGCGGGGAGCCGACCGUGCGCAAAGAUAUCGUCCCCUUGAUGCAAGCUAUCGGCAAACUGCGACGGGAUGGCCUGCGCGAGCUCUGCCUGACGACGAACGGGAUCUCGCUCCACCGCAAGCUUGAUCUCAUGGUGGAAGCCGGACUCACCGGUGUGAAUCUGAGCCUGGACACCCUGGACCCCUUCCAAUUCCAGAUCAUGACCCGACGGAAGGGCUUUGAGGCGGUGAUGAAGAGCAUCGACCGGAUUCUGGAAAUGAACAAGGUCGGCGCGGGCAUCAAGUUGAAGAUCAAUUGCGUGGUGAUGCGGGGCAUGAAUGAUCGCGAGAUCGUCCCAUUCGUCGAGCUGGGCCGCGAGAAGCCCAUCGAGGUGCGGUUCAUCGAGUACAUGCCCUUUGACGGGAACAAAUGGAAUCAGGGCAAGAUGUUCUCGUACCAGGAGAUGUUGGCCGUGAUUCGGGAGAAAUACCCCACUUUGGAGAAGGUGCAGGAUCACAAGAAUGAUACUAGCAAGACCUACCAAGUCCCUGGAUUCCAGGGUCGUGUAGGGUUCAUCACGAGCAUGACGCACAAUUUUUGCGGUACCUGCAACCGGCUGCGGAUUACCAGCGAUGGGAACUUGAAGGUCUGUUUGUUUGGAAAUGCCGAGGUAUCACUCCGAGAUAUCAUCCGCAAAGAGAAUGACGGACAGCCCAUCGAUGAAGACGCAGCCAAACAACUGCAACUCAUGGAGACGGUGCAGAAUGCGGCUCGGCUGAGCGAUGAGGGAGCCUUGGUCAACGAGCGCGAGCUUGAGAUUCUCAACAUCAUCGGCAUGGCUGUGAAGCGCAAGAAGGCCAAGCAUGCAGGCAUGGGCCAGUUGGAAAAUAUGAAGAACCGGCCCAUGAUUCUUAUCGGUGGGUAG